AUGUCUACACUACCAUCAGAUUAUAGUGACCGCCCAGUCGCGGUGCUCGGAGGAGGAGUUCUUGGUCGCCGCAUUGCCUGCAUUUGGGCCUCUGGCGGCUACAAUGUCCAAGUCCGCGAACCAGACGCCAAACAACAUCAACCCUGUCUGGACUACGUGAAGCAAAAUGUCGACAGCUAUCCAGCAUCCGGAAGAAGACGCCCUGGAACCGUCCAGGUCUUCCAAGACCUCGAGACUGCCGUCAAGAACGCCUGGCUUGUAAUCGAGGCCGUCCCAGAGAGAAUCGAGAUCAAGAUCGACACUUUCGCCGAGCUCGAGGCCAAGGCCCCCACGGAUGCCAUCCUCGCCAGCAACUCGUCGUCGUAUCGCUCCUCGGAAAUGAUUGCAAAAGUCAGGGACGAAACGAAGACCCGCAUCAUGAACACACAUUACUAUAUGCCGCCCUCGAACAUGGUCGUCGAGCUGAUGACUGACGGAUACACAAACCCGGAUAUCUUCCCAUUCAUGACGGAGAGACAAAAGGAGGUUGGCACCAAGCCGUUUACGGCGAGAAAGGAGUCUACAGGAUUCAUCUUCAACCGUCUGUGGGCGGCGAUCAAGCGAGAGACCUUGUCUAUCCUGGCAGAGGGUGUCUCGAGCCCGGAAGAGAUUGAUGCCCUGUUUUACGAGCUCAGCAAGCACGGCAAGGGUCCAUGCCUGAUGAUGGACGAGGUCGGUCUCGACACCGUCGCAUUCAUCGAGAAGCACUACGUCAAAGAGCGUGGCCUCUCACCCGAAAACACCGUCGACUUCCUCGAACGCGAGUACCUCUCCAAGGGCAGACUCGGACACAAGUCCGCAAAGGGCGGCCUAUACCCGCACCUCCCCAAGAUCGUAGCCCUCGAUCUCGGAUUGGCGCACUCGGACAACCACACGACGUCAGGCCAGGUCCUCCAGCUUUCUCCCGAGGGCAAGCUCGAGCGCGUGCUCGUCGACCGCCAACACGUCCCCGACGGCAUCGACAUCGACGAGCAGACCAAGCGCAUGUUCUGGACCUGCAUGGGGACCCCCGGCGAGCAGGACGGCGCCGUAUACUCCGCCAACCUCGACGGCGGCGACGUGCGGUCCCUCUUCGUCCCCGGCGUGAUCAACACCCCGAAACAGCUCGUCGUCGAGCCCGCCUCGAGGAAGAUUUACUUUAGCGACCGCGAGGGCAUGAGGGUGUACCGAUCCAACCUCGACGGGAGCGAGCUCGAGACGCUCGUCGUCGGCGGAAACGACCCGGAGGACCUCAAGGCGUGGUGCGUCGGCAUCUCGGUCGCGCCCAAGCUGGGCAAGUUCUACUGGACGCAAAAGGGCGCGCCCAAGUCCGGCCAGGGACGCAUCUUUUGCGCGAACAUCGACAUGCCCGCGGGCAAGACGGCCGAGACGAGAGACGACAUUGUCUGCUUCUUGGACAAGCUCCCCGAGUGCAUCGAUCUGGAGGUCGACGAGGACGACAACGCCAUCUUCUGGACCGACCGCGGCGAGAUCCCCAACGGCAACACGCUCAACAGGGCGACGAUCGACCCCAAGACCGGCCUGCUAGAGUCUUCUGGCGCGAAGAGGUUCGAGAUUCUGGUGAGGCAUUUGAACGAGGCCAUCGGUGUCAAGUUGGACAAGGAGAACGGACAUGUUUACUUUGGCGACCUCGGCGGCAACAUUUACCGGUCCAACUUGGAUGGGUCUGAGAAGAGGAAGCUCUUCUCGGAUGACGACCGCGCUAUUUCUGGUAUUGCCCUGCUUCGCGACUAG